AUGGCCAUGUUCGGAAUUCACUUCCUCUGUCUCCGAAACCCCGGUGAAGGUGACGGUUUCAUGUCAUCCGAAUUCCAAGCAACUCUCAACUCAAAGGGCAUGGGUGAUACUCCUGUCGAUGUUGUCUUUGGCUCUAGGGUAUCUAUCAGACACCACAAUACACAGGGAGGCUACCUCCACUCGCACAGCCACAUGUAUCCAGGCGGAAGCAAGCAGCAACAAAUCACCCUUUACCCCCACAAGGAUGACAACAACAUCUUCAUUCUCGAGAACCAGACCCAGCCUCUAGGACCAUAUGGCCAGGUCCCCGGACCACGGGCCUGGGAUAACAUCACUACCGAACACAUCAUGGACGGCGACACCAUCAGGCUCUACCACAUGGCUACUGACAGACGCCUUCACUCUCAUGACGUUCGUCCUCCGGUUACCGAAGCCGAUUGGCAGCAGGAAGUCUCCGCGUACGGCUACGAAGGAUUCGAGGGAGACGCCAAUGACCUCUUCCGCGUGGAAAUUGUCCCUUCCAUGUCUGACGGAGCGGAGGCAAAGAAGAGGCUGAGGACGAUCCAGACCAAGUUCAAGCUUGUGCAUGUUAUGACUGGCUGUGUUUUGUUCUCCCAUAAAGUGAAACUGCCAGAAUGGGGCUUUGACCAACAAGAGGUUACCUGUGCCAAGGGUGGUUCCCUACCCAACAGCAUCUGGUACAUUGAACAGAACAGCCAGCCCGCUCUCCCUGAUGACGUUGAGAAAGUGAACUACAAGAUUCCAAACUUCUUCGCCAAAUUCUGGGAACUUCACAAAGUCAUGUGGAGGACAAACGCUGGCCUCGUCGAUUCUCAUGCUUGGGACUCACGUCCACCAUCCUGGCCCAUCCUGUCCCGUGGUAUCAACUUCUGGGGCAGACACCACCGCCACGUUUACCUCAUUGGCAACCCAGUUAUCUGGUGGACUUCUACCGCCGCAGUUGUCAUUUGGGUCGUCUUCAAGGGUAUCGCCGUUCUUCGAUGGCAGCGUGGUUUCAAGGACUACAACCAUGUCCACUUCAAGCGCUUUGAUUACGAGAUUGGCCAGACUCUUCUCGGUUGGGCUCUUCACUACUUCCCAUUCUACCUCAUGGCCCGACAGCUUUUCCUCCACCACUAUCUCCCGGCUCUGUACUUCGCCAUCCUGGCAUUCUGUCAGAUCUACGACUUUGUGGCUAACAGAUUUAACAAGCCAUCCAUCUUUGGCAAAUUAUUCACUGUUGCGUUCUUGUCUCUUAGCGUUGCUGCUUUCUGCAUCCUUUCACCACUGGCGUACGGCAACCCUUGGACCAAAGGCAUGUGCCAGAAGACCAAGUUGAUCUCUACAUGGGACUUUGACUGCAACCUUUUCCAUAAUGACCUAUCCCAAUAUGCUAUCCCUGAAGUUAUCAACACUUCGGAAGCCGCUCCUACUUCCAUCGCAGCCCCACCCGUACAGCAGGAACAACAACAGGGAGGACAACAGCAGGAGCAGCAACCUGAACAGCAGGCGAACCAAGUUCCUGUCCAGCCCGAAUCGCCACAACAGCCACCGGCAGUGGACCCAGAUCUUCGUAAAGUUCGUGAAGUCGAAUACCGCGAUUCAGAGGGCAACAUCCUUAGCGAGGAACAAGUCAAAGCCCUCCAGGAACAGGGAGAAAUAUCCUUUGAAACUCGCUAUGAGACUCGCACUAGACUAAUCGACAACGAAGGCCGAGAACUCCCCAAGGAAGCUAUUAUCGCCCCUGAACACCCAGACGUGCAGGGCGCCAACCCAGAAACCGUUGCUAAGGACGAACUAAAGGCUCCAGCGAACAAGCCUGCUGAGGUCAAGGGAGAGAACGAGUCCCCCAAAAAGAAAGAAAAUAAGCCAAAGCCCGCCAGCGAGGCUAAGGCUGCUACAAACUAA